AGCGGAAGCGGCCGGCGCCAGGCUCGGGAGCCGGAGUCGCUGUCGGCCGCCUGUUGUUGCCGUUGCGUGUUGUCGCCCCCGUGAUGGCGGCCACGGCGCUUCCCCCGCUGCCGCCGCAGUUCAAGAGCAUCCAGCACCAUCUGCGAACCGCGCAGGAGCUGGACAAGCGAGAGCCGGUGGUGGCGUAUUACUGUCGUUUGUAUGCAAUGCAAACAGGGAUGAAGAUUGAUAGUAAAACCCCAGAAUGCCGUAAAUUUUUAUCUAAACUUAUGGAUCAAUUGGAAGCUAUGAAAAAGCAAUUUGGUGAUAAUGAAGCAAUUACUCAGGAAAUUGUUGGUUCUGCUCAUGUGGAGAAUUAUGCUUUGAAAAUGUUUUUGUAUGCAGACAAUGAAGACAGAGCCGGGCAAUUUCAUAAAAAUAUGAUAAAAUCCUUUUAUACUGCAAGUCUCCUGAUAGACGUUCUGACAGUAUUUGGGGAGCUCUCUGAAGAGAACGCCCAGCACAGGAAGUACGCCAGGUGGAAGGCAGCAUACAUUCAUAACUGCUUGAAGAAUGGAGAGACUCCUCAGCCGGGGCCGAUUGGAAUGGAAGGAGAGAGCUUUGCAGAUGUUGAAAGGGAAGAAGCAGGGUCAUCUUCUCUCCAUAGUGGAACAACUCAACCAGCAUCAUCAUCCACGUAUGAAGCUAACAACAUACCAACUAGUAAUUACACUGGCAUACAUAUACCACCAGGUGCCCAUGCACCAGCCAACACUCCAGCUGAAGUACCUCAUAACACAGGAGUGACAAGUAACACCAUUCAGCCUGCUCCUCAGAAUAUUCCUCUAGUCGAUCCUUCCCUUUACAGUGCUCAAUCUGCAGGGGAAGUCCGUUUGACUCCAGAGGACUUUGCCAGAGCUCAAAAAUAUUGCAAAUAUGCUGGCAGUGCUUUGCAAUAUGAAGAUGUGAGCACUGCUGUGCAGAAUCUACAGAAGGCCCUCAAGUUACUGAUUACCGGCAGAGAAUGAAGCCUUUAUUCAACAGAUUCACGUCUUUUGCCUAAAGAACUAACAGCUUAUUACUGUACCUGUUAGGGGAGCGGAGUUACACAGACAUUCUCAAUCCCAUCACCCGUGACAAUGAAAUCACUGUUUCAGUGUCAUAAUAGCAAGUAAUGGUACAGUAGGAAUCUCUGUUUUCACUUUACAAACAGUGGAGCUAGAAACAUAUGAAUGCAGUGGGUUGAUGUAAGCUCAAUACUGAAGAAAGUAUUGUGAACACCACUCAAGUUAGAAUUCAUCUUGCAAUAUUUAGAUUAUUGGAAUGCUGAAUCUGUAAAAAACUUGCGUGUAAGAAUGUUCUGUUAAAAUUCUUACUCAGAUUUUACUAUUUCAAACAGUUAUUUAAAAAGUAUAAUAGCUUUAAAACGAUAACUAAGAUUAGCGCUUUCCUCCUGAAAUGAGAGCAUGUGAGAAAGCUGACAGAUUCACAAUGGAAGGGACUUUUUUCCUAUAAAUUGUGUAUUAUCUGAGACAUAAGUCAAAGGUGAGGGAGACUUGAGGACAUUUGUAUUUCAUUUUAAAACAUGCUGGAAAAAGCAUCUCUUGAUACUUCAGAGAGUCAUUUUGAUGGUGUUCCAACCCAGUCCCCCACAACUGUACGGACUGCUACGUGUAUUCUUGAUUAUUGGUUCUUGCUCCUUUUGUGUGAAAACUUACAAUUUUGUAUAUGUAUGGGUAAUUAAGAGAAAGUACUAAUAUUUAUCAGAGGUGAACCUGAAACUGGAGACAGAGGUUCUAAACAACGUGAACUUUUAGGGAGAUUUACUUCGUAGCUGUUCCAUCUUUUUAAGAGUUUGAAACAAAAGCCUGUUCUUCAGCCAUUAAAGCACUGUAGGUUCAUCUCUGGUAUUAGUGUCAUAGAGCUUCAUAUUUCCAGCUAAUAUUCUUCCUGUCUGCUUUGUUGUGGAGACUUUUUGGACUUGGGAUUUAAUUAAAAUAGCUUGGAAACUGAA